CUGAGGUGUGUAAGGGUGUGUGUGAUUUGGGACACACCCACUGAGUAUGAGUCUGGUUUAACUGUAGGUGACCUCCUGCAUUUCUCCUCACUGAGGUGAUCUGACAACAUAGAGGAUCAUUUUAAACUGUUUUAAUCAGAAUGGGUAACGCCGUGUUUCUGCUCCUGCUGUUUGGUCUCAGCUCUGUUCCUGUUGAAGCAAUCAAUGUGUCUCUCCUGGCCAGAGGAUUAUCCAACUGUAUCUUUGAGAUUUGCACCACUGAGAUUUACACAUGCCAUCAACUCUAUGGACAGCUGAAGGUAGACAACUUCAAAGCAUGUCUGAAGCAACUUUGCACGGAGGAGAUGGAAGAGUGUAUGGACUGGGUUGUGUCUCAAAGGAUGGCAGUGGCGGCCGUGGAGAUGAUCAGAGAUUCAUUUAUUCACUGCUAUGUGCACUGUGGAUUUCAGAACAAGACCAAAUACACAGAUUGUUUUUUGGACACGCUGGUGGAUAAAACUCAGCCGUACAUCUCUGUGUUGGCUGCAGGCUCAAGUGAUCCAGAUUUCAUGUCGUGUUGGUUACGACGAGGCCUGGGAGCGGUGAAGAGCUGUUUCCAUCACUACAGCGAGCUCUCCUUCACCGUCAUACACAACAUAGUGAACAAGUUUCUCAACAACAAACACGAAUAUAUUUCAUGUUUCAUGGAGCUGUACAAUAACGGGAACAAAGAAUGCCUCCAGAUGUUCCUGCAACUUUUUGGUUCAACUCCAACCAUGAAUAUUAAAGCUAAAGACUUCUUCAUUUGCAGCAUUAACGAAAUGAUUUCAUUAACACCGACGUGUUGAAGAUGAAGUGGAACUGAAUUUUGUCAGAUCAGAGUGGACGAGUCCAACAAGAUUAUUGUAAUUUAAAUUAUCAACCAUAUAAAAUAAUUAAUCAUAAACUCUUUAAUCAUGUGAUUUCAGAUGAUUAAUUUGAAUGUAGUGUACUACUGAAGUCUUUUGUUUUGAAGUUUUCAUUCCUUCUUAAACUCUCUGUAACUUAU